UCAUUCAAAGAAAGAGGGAAGUAGUUGUGUUCAGAAGAAGUGAAGUCAUUAACAGAUACGGGGAGAGAGAGAUAGAGAAGAUAGGGCAUACAUAUAAAGAGAAAGUAAAUAUAGGAGUGAGUGCUGUUCAUCCGAGUGAAGUUUAGUCUGUAGAGCUGUAGCACCAAUUGAGUCAUCUUUAGUUAACUGUAGAGCUGGGUGAGGAGGAGGAGGAGGGAUAUGCAGCGUGUGAUGCCAUGAGUCCUGUGCUGCUGUCUCUGGAGUAGACAGAGCAGCACAACAGAGGAGACCAGAACCAGGUCCUAUUCUUCUGUUCUGACCGCUACAAGGUUCUCUGUGCUGUGGUUGACCGCUGUCUGUGUCUGACCCCACAUUGGCCCAUGGGACGAACCGUUCACCAAUCAGAGUGCGUUGUCUUGAUGGCCAUGAUGACGAGCGAGAAGCAUCAAGAGUUGGAGGUUCGUCUUGAGGACAUGCUGUCGCGCAUCGCCAUGGAGACACUGGAGAUUAAACAACUGGAGCAGCAGCUGACUGAAGGCCAGAUCCUGGUGAAUGAGGCUCUCCAGGUGGACUUGCAGGGAAUCAUCUCUGGGAUUCAAGAAUACAUUGGGGGGCUCAGACAGCAGGUCUGUCAGGCUCAGGAUGAGGCUCGCUGCUUGGGGAUACAGAACCAGGCUCUGCAGCGCCAACUGGACGCUGUUAAGCUCCACUGCAGGCGGUUGGAGACAGAAGCCAGGACACACAGACAGCAGUUUCAGGAUGGUCUGGACCAGUUGUUACAGGCUCUGAUCAGCGGACAGGAUUGCUUCAGCUCCCAUGGCCUGGAGGACCUGUUUAGUGACAGGCUGAGGCAGAUGUACCAGGGCAUCCAGCAAUAUGUAGCAGACCAGAUCCGGAGGGCCCAGGAGCAGAGCCAGCACACCAAGGACCAACAGGUCCGAGACCAACACAUCCAGGGCGAGAGGCUGCGGGCGGAUUCACAGGGAGCGUGCGAGGCCCUACUCAACUCCCAGGCCCAGGUCCAGAAUCUCCAGCACAUGAUGGCAGAGGUGCUGUCCAGGAGAGAGAAGUGCAGCAAGUCCAUGUCUGAGUCCCAACGACACACAGACCUGACGAUAAGGUGGACAACACAACAGCUCCGGGCCCUCUCUGAUACUUUAGAACAACUGGAACCACAUCAGGAGCCUCCGGACUCUGGCUUGGGGCUGCACUACCUCAGUUCACCUGAAGGGGGGCGCUCUGACAUAAAGGUGCCACCACGUUUGGACCACUACAGUGUUGAUGACAACCCUACAGACACUGAUGCAGGGAAAGGCGGAGCUACAGGCCUCCCUGCUGGGAUAGCAGACAGCCAGGAGCCCCUCUGUGGUUGUUCCCCUUCUCCAGCCUGUAAUCUUCCAGAGCACACAGACCUGAUUGACAGAUUAGAGGAGCAGAGGAAGAGGUUGGAAGAGGAGAGGAAGAUGAUCCAUCUGGGCAGGAAACCGCUCAGGUGUGUGUGUCUGUGUGAGGAGGUGCAGUGUGUGGAACACACUCUGUUAAAAAGGAGAGCAGAACUUAGACAGGCAGAUCGACGCCUGAUGGAUGCACAAAGCUGUCUACACAAUACCAGACACAAGGCCAGAUGUGUGCAGAGGCAGCUGGUGUUGUCUCAGUCAGAGCUGGAGGGGCUGAAACACAGACUGGACGAGAGCGCUACCUGUCUCCUGCAGACCAAACAGCAGCUCUGGUGAGCAUCCAUAAAACACAAGUCAGCUCAUCCAGGGAAUUGAGUUGCAGACGGAGGCGGAGCUUCAGCAGGUGAAAGGGAGGAGGAGUAGGGGAAAGAGACGAUGAAGAACGGAGACACAGGUGCGACUCACGCACACAGCUCACGUCCAGUUUCCUGGUUUUAAAACGCAGAACCUUUUGAAACCGACCUUUGGUUAUCAACCUUUUCUUUGCUCAUAUUAAAAUAUACAACCAGGAAUCUUGAUGUGAGGUAAAGCCUCUGCAAACCAAUGCUGUAGCGCCUCAGGGUUACCAAUAUGGUAAGUGGACUACAUUUAUAUAGCGCUUUUCUAACCAGUCGCGACUCAAGGCACUUUACAUUAUUGAUAGUCUCGCAAAGCCAGACCAAACUACAGCAAGUAGAAUGGUCUGGAACCACGCUUUUUAGAGCCGUCUAUCCGGGGGGAAACUGGGCUGGCCUGUAUAUAUUUCUUUAAACCAAUCACAAUCGUCUAGGGCGGGGCUAACCCCUGGAAGCUGCAGCGGUGUCCAUGCAAAAUAGUGCCAGGGGGGAAAUUAUUUAGAUGGAACAUCUUGACGUUCAGAGGCUGUCAGAGAGAUGGCUCAAUCCCAACCGCAAACGCCACAAAAAACGAUUAAAGAUGUAUGUCGCCUAUGUGAAGAUCCUUUUAUAGAUAAAAAGAACAAACAUCGUUUAUUUCUUUCUCACAAUGAUGUCAAGACACCAUACACUUUGGCACUUGAGGAGCUCACGGGACCUAUCAAAACGACAGACGUUUUAACAUUUAUAUGUUAAAACGGCAAGAACAUCUUUCUUCCUCAGCAAAUGCUGUAAGCAAAUCUUUUGAAGUUCUUUGCAAUUUUCGACGGAAAGAGCCAAACAUGCUAGCUUUACAGCGCCGUCAAAGUCCUCGCCAUACUGCUUAGAGUCCGAGUUUGAGGGGGAGCACAAUACGGGAAAGCCAGCAACAGGAAAGGGAGGAGUAGCGGUGGAAUCCGACGCUGAACUAUAGACGCUCUGUCCAUUUUCGCUCAGCCAGAGUACAUUAUUGACAACAUUCAUCCAUUCAUGCACACACCGACGGUGGUGUCAACCAUGCAAGGUGACAGCCAGCUCGUCGGGAGCAGUUAGGGUUAGAUGCCUUGCUCAGGGACACCUCAAAACUCAGCUAGGAGGAGCCCGGGAUCGAACUAGCAGCCUUCCGGUUACCAGCCAACCCGCUCUACCUCCUGAGCCACAUGCCACGCCUUUGCACACAGCCGGGUGUUUCUAUGUAGACAGUAUGAUGAGUGCAUCACACGUUCAUCCCCCGACCACUGGACUACCUUGCAGCUGAGGAAUGGAAUGUGUUGCUGGACUGGACAAAGGGUUUUCUAUGUAUAUAUGACAAUGACAAUCAAGAAGUGACUCUGAAAAGAAAGUCAUCGUUGGGGUGAAAAGUAGUGUAAACCGGACUGCUCUGUACUCAAUGAAACAUAGGCGGAAUGGUCCGGAUGGUGGUGGUCACACAACUCCAUCAUUGUCGGCGUAGUUUCAACUCAGUAUCCACCUCUGACUGCCUUUCAGGAUACGUUACUCACUCACAUGAAUGUUCGCCUUCUUUACGUAAACCGGCCACUCAUUUAACCAUGUUACUGUAAACACCUAUUGUUUUUCUAUGGAGGACCGUCUAUGUAACAGUACAACUUGCCCCAUGUAAACCAACACUGAGGGCAAAGUUUAUUGCAAAUUUUACUUCAAAUAAAACACUAUUGAAUUAA